UUUGUUUUUUUAUUUCUAGAAACAAGAUCAAUCGAUUCUCUGCCCACAAAAGAAAAUUAUUUGCAAAAUAAAAUGCUAAAAGCUUGGAAAACAGUAUAAAUCUGUUUGUACAUCAUAUCAACACAGAAGAACAAUCUCUGUUCACGUCUUGUACCCACACAAACACACACACACACUAAUAAUACAUUGGAAAUACUUCUCUUUGAAAAUAAACAAAAAAGGGGAUGGCGUCUGCUGCACGAAUCAUUUUUCUUGUUGCUGUAAUAACCGCGGUUGUAUGCGCUAUUAUCGCUGUUGCUAUCAGUCCAUUUGUAAGACAAAAUGGUCUAGAUACCGGCAGUCAAAAAAUUAACUUGACAUUCAUUAUUCUUGGAACAAUUUGUCUAAUUAUAGCAGCAAUUCUUGUAAUCAUCACAUUCGUUAGAAUUGAUUCAUUACUCUACUUCAUUGUCAUCAUUGUACUACUGGGGUUGGCGAUCCUGUGCUUCAUCAUCGCACUGGUUGUUAUAAACACAAGUCCGGGAUAUCUGGGAUGGUUAUUAGCUGCACUUUGGGUCACAUUCUUAUGCUUAUUGAUUACCAUUAUAAUAUGGGUUACCAAUACCGAUUAAACAAUGAUGAAUGCAUGGUACAUGUAUAUUAAACGAUAAAUGAUCACUCUUUCAGAUAUCUGUGUACUUCUGCAUGUAUGUGUGUCUGAACAACGAACUUUCCAAGGCUUUUUCUCUAUCUAAAGUGUAUUCACUUUUUUUAUUCUCUUAUCCAAAGAUUUGAUAAAUAUGUAAGCAAUAUUUAUUUUGUGUUUUUCAAAAUUUUUCAAAACAAUGGAUAGAUACUGAACAAAGAAUAAAUACUCUUUUCGAUAACCCCUCCAUCAUUAGGCUCUACAGUUAUGUAUCCACCCAUUAUACUGAAU